UGCUGAUGUGGUUGGUUCCACAGGUGACAGCACCAUGGCACACUCAGAGCAGAACAGGACGUUGUACGUGGGCAACCUGGACAGUUCGGUCACCGAGGAGCUCAUCAUGAUGCUGUUUGGCCAGCUGGGUGAGGUCCGCAGUUGCAAGAUGUUCCGCGAGCCCACCACUGACCCCUAUUGCUUUGUAGAAUUCAAUGAUCACAUGACUGCACUCAAUGCAAUUACAAUGAUGAAUGAUAAGAUGCUGCAGACUCGAAAGAUGCGAGUUGAUUGGGCAACUGGCCAGGGAAACAAGAACAAGUACACCAAGGUAGACACCAGUAGGCAUCAUCAUGUGUACGUCGGAGAUCUCAGCCCAGAAAUAGAUGAGCAAGCACUUAGAGAAGCUUUCCAAGUGUUCGGUGAAAUUUCAGACUGCAAGGUGGUUAAGGAUCCCCAGAGCUUCAAGUCCCGAGGUUAUGGUUUUGUUGUGUUUGUGAAGAAGAUGGAUGCGGAGACAAGUAUCAGUGCAAUGAAUGGCCAGUGGCUUGGCCGAAAAAUGAUCAAAACACGCUGGGCCACAAGAAAACCUGCCAACACUCCAAAUGAAAAUAAGCCUGAGCAGAAGAAGUUAAAUUAUGAAGAAGUUUACAACCAGACGACACCAACAAAUACCACUGUUUUCUGUGGCGGGUUGAAACAAGAUAUUUCGGAAGAGAUGUUACAUAAAUCCUUCCAGCCUCAUGGCCAGAUUGAAAAGAUAAAGAUUUUUAAAGAGAAAGGUUAUGCUUUUAUAAAGUACACAACUAAAGAAAGUGCUUGCCAGGCUAUUGUUGAAUUACAUAAUUCAAACUUAAAUGGACAGAUUAUUAGGUGCUCCUGGGGCAAGGAUACUGGGGCUGACCAGGCCACCAACCCAGCUCAGGAGGCCAAUGGGGCUCAACCAAGCCUCACAAACUACUCUAAUGGCCAAGGAUUCACCAACCAAAUGGGACAAAUGGGCUAUUGGCAAUAUUACCCGCAGCAGAUGCCUUACAAUCAGAUGGGUUACAACCAGUACCCAUAUGGUUACCAGCCUAAUCCUAGCUACAUGUGGAUGGGUUGGGGCCAGCAGGGCUGGGGACAACCUGGGCAGCAGCCCCCCCCAGCACCUCAGCAGGGCCAGCCCCAACAGUGAGUAACCUUGGGGAUUGACUCCUUGGCUUGAGGCUGCUUGACACACCUGACCCCAACUUGUCUGGUGCAGCCCUGCCUUGGAGACGAUGAGGCAACGUUGCUUCAGCUUUCAUCUUUGUAAGUGCAAAGACCUUCAGACCAAUAUAGACUGUAUGUAAAUAAGUGAAAUAGAAACUUAAGUAUAGGGCACUACUUAAUUAUCUCAUGUCCAAAAGCACUAUUGUGUAGUAUUAGAAGAAAGCAGUGGUGUUCUUUUUGUAAGAGAAAGUAAUUUUGUAAAGUUUUAUAUCAGGAAUACAGUGAAUUGUAUUUUAUACUGUUUUCUGGACUGACACAGUGAAUGGCUUUCAUGGCUCCUUUCUAUCAAUCAGCUGUUGUAAAUACUGUUAUAAAUAAUUCACAUUUUUUCAGUUACUACUCAUAGAACCUUUAUUUCAGUAGAAUUAUAGGAUUUUUAUGUAUAUGCCAUGGAAGUGAAUUCAUUAUAAAUAUUUAUGUAUUAAUCUUUCAAGACUAUAGUGCAGGUUUCAAAUUAAGUGGAGCAGACAUUAAGGAGUGAAUGCAAAGACAGUAAGAGUGAGCGAGCGAGCGAGUGUGGUCUGCAUAGUAACUACCCAACUAAUUAUUUCUUGCACCAGCUCAGAAGUAUUAUCUCUGUAUAACCACAUUCCAAAAAAUGAAACUGGUUAAUGGGGAGUUUUUCCUAUGACCCUUUUAGUUAGUCAAGUGGAUCUUUAUCUGUUUGGAUUUUAUGCCUAGCAUGAGACUUUUGUACACAACCCCAUCCAUGUACAGAUAUUCAGAAUGUGAAAAAUAAAGGAAUGGUGUGAAAGUUAA